AUGGCGUCCUGCCAUGGAGCAUCUCUCCCGGACAUUAUGGCCAUUGGCCCCGAUCGUGAAUCCAUUGUCACCUGGAAACAAAGGUGCGGGAUCCAGAGGGAGAAGCAGAUCCGCUUGGAUUUACUGACGACUGCAAUAGAUUUCGGCAUGUUCGUUGCCAAACAAACAAAAGACCAGAUCUGGUAUCGGGGUUAUGGGGUGGAUCAGUACGUUUACUACGCCAGAAAGGGAGAGAAGAAGUUCUUGGGGGGAACAUAUGAGGUUGAAUCGUACGCAGCCUUGGAAAGAGCGUCUCAACUCCCAACCGGAUCCGCCAUCCACGAAUUGAUCGAUGCACCUGGCGGAGGUCAUAUGGUCACCGUCAUUGAUCCGGAAGGCUUCCCUGUGAAUUUGAUGUACGGCCAACAGCCUGCGACCCCAGGGGUGUAUCCGGAAAACUUGAUCUUCAACACCGAGACAGAGAAACCACGCAUGCGCAGAUUCCAACGAUUUGUUGAGGGGCCGGCGCCUGUUCAUAAGCUGGGUCAUUACGGCCUCUGUGUGAAGGACUUCCCUGCAAUGGUCGCUUUCUACACCACAACGUUCAAUUUGGUCCCUACUGAUUUCCUGCAUGUCGGGGAGGGAGAGGACAAGACCAAUGUCGCGCUCUUUGCGCACAUUGAUCGGGGAACGGACUAUGUGGAUCACCACACCUUUUUCAUGAGUGCCAAUAGCGCUUCCCACGUCCAUCACUGUUCGUUUGAAGUGCACGACUUCGACACCCAGAAGCUGGGGCAUCAGUGGCUCGCAAAGAGGGGGUACACCUCUGUGUGGGGAGUGGGAAGGCAUAUCUUAGGCUCGCAGAUUUUUGACUAUUGGUGGGAUACCACAGGAAACAUGAUCGAACAUUAUGCCGAUGGUGAUAUUGUUAAUGAGGACACGCCGAUUGGGUAUGGACAAGCGGGGGAUGCCUCCCUAGCCAUCUGGGGGCCGGAUGUGCCUGCGUGGUUUCUUGAGUAG